AUGGCUUCUGGUGCUUUAUUGAGAUUAGAAACCGAUCCUUCUUGUUCGCUUUGUUUUAAUAUCAAUCAAAUUGUGGUUGUGCCUUUGAUUGAUUUUGCUAAUACGUGGAGGAUUAGGGCAAUCUUUCCGACAAAUAAUGAGGUGAUUGAUAGAUUUGAAAUCUCUUUCAGAAAAUUGUCUAAAAACAAGACCGAAAAAAGACCAACAUGUAUCGUUGAAUACCCUCCAAAACCACAGCCACAAUUCAAUUUGUUCGCAGUUAAUAGAAUUAAAAUUGUUGAUCACAAAGUGAACCAUCAUGAAUUCAUUGUCGAGAAUGAAACCUUUUCAUUUACUACAUAUGAACUAACAUUAGAACCCUCUAUGGAUAUGAUGCAAACAUCAUUCCCUGCUAAAAAACGGAAAAUAUUUGAUGUUUCGUUGAAAACAAACAAGGAUAACCGUUUUGUACAGAAAUUAGUUGCUGAAUUUUAUAUUGGUCUUGAUGGAUUUAAUGUAGUAACUUUGCAGAACAAAUUCAGAGGCUUUGAAGAAGCUUUGUCCUAUUGUUUCAUACCCACAUAUGAUCCCUUGAAGCGAAUAGCCCUCUACUCCAAAUUUCUUGAAAAAAAAUAUUCUCCAGAAUGCGAAUAUAUGUCACAGGAAGUGACUCCUAUGAAGGGUUUUAAAUGGAUAGAAGAAGCCGGUAGUAAUCCAAACUUAGAAAGUAUGAUAGAAAUACUGAGCGAAGACCCAUUUUUUAUUCUAUACACGCUUGGUUUUGAUUCUUCUUAUACUGAUGAAGAAAAACAAGUUACAUUAGAUUACUUGUCUACAAUUGAUAGGAUUCAUCACAUCGCUGAAUAUGGACGGUCAUGGAUGCUGGCAUUUACAUUGGUUCAAUCAUUACCUUUGUAUCCGAAGCUGUUGUUGGCGAGAAAGAAAACUGGUUAUGAGGCAAUUUUUAGUGCUGCAAGUCGUAUACUUUCAACAGAUUUAUUUAAUCAGGGGGUAACAAAAGAUGAGUUUAUUAAGGCUUCAGUUUUGUUCUAUUUCAAAACCAAAUCAUUGGAAAUCAUUCCAUGGGAUUAA